AUGGAGAAGCUUCGCCCAGAAACUGUAGUUCUGGAAGUGGAAGGGGGACUGUUGAGAUCCUCUUCUACGUUUCCAUACUUCAUGCUUGUGGCCAUAGAAGGAGGAGGGUUUCUUAGAGGACUUAUUCUUCUUCUUUUGUACCCUGUAAUCCACUUCAUGAGCAAUGAGUUGGGGCUCAGGGUUAUGGUGAUUGUGUGCUUCUUGGGAGUGAGGAAGAAUGGAUUCAGGGUUGGAAGGACGGUGUUGCCAAAGUUCAUGUUGGAGGAUAUGGGACUUGAGGAGUUUGAAGUUGUGAGGAAGGUGAAGAGGAAGGUGGGGGUGACAGAGAUGCCAAGGGUGAUGGUGGAAAGUUUCUUGGGGGAUUAUUUGGGGGUUGAGGUUGUGGUUGGGAGAGAGUUGAAGGAGUUUGGUGGAUUUUAUACUGGGUUGAUGGAGGAUAUGGAAUUUAAGGAUUUGGUGUUUGGAAAAGAUGUUGGUGGUGGUGGUGGAGUGAUGGGGCUUUGUAGCUCAUCCAAGCACAACAAACACCCUGUGUUUUCGCAAUGCAAGGAAAUAUACCUCGUGGGAGAAGCAGAGAAGAGAAACAAGAAGCAGGUUCCAAGAGAAAAAUACCCAAAGCCAUUGAUCUUCCAUGACGGCAGGCUUGCCAUCAGACCAGAUCCAAUCAACUCCAUAGCCAUAUUCAUGUGGCUGCCAUUUGGGAUUCUGCUAUCAGUUCUCAGACUUGCAAUAGCAGCAGGUCUGUUAUUUUAUAGUACAAUUCCUCUAGCAGCAACCGGCAUUACGUGGAAGGUAAGAGGAGCCGCGCCAUCUUCAUCCCCUCGGCCCCAAAACUCAAUCGGUCAACUUUACAUCUGCAACCACAAAACUCUCCUAGAUCCGAACGUCAUCUCCCUCGCUCUGAACAGAAAAACCGCAUCUGUAUCAUAUGGCCUCAGCCAAUUCUCUGCAAUUAUUUCACCCAUCAAGAUCAACUGGCUGACGAGAAAUCUGGAAGAGGAUAGGAAGAGAAUGGAAGGAAUUUUGAGCCGAGGAGAGGAUUUGGUGGUGUGCGCGGAGGGAACUACUUGCAGAGAGCCGUAUCUAUUGAGGUUCAGCCCCCUGUUUACUGAGCUCACCGACAUUGUUGUGCCUGUUGCCAUCGAUCUUCAUGUCAGCAUGUUCUAUGCCACCACUGUCAGCGGGAACAAGUGGAUGGAUCCCUUUUAUUUUCUCAUGAAUCCUCAUGCUUGUUAUGAAUUGGAAUUUCUGGAGAAGGUUGAUACUAGCAGAGUUAGAGCAGGUGAUUGUAGCAGGUUUGAUAUGGCUAAUCAUGUGCAGAGGCAGAUUGGGAAGGCUUUGGGGUUUGAGUGUACUAUGCUUAGAAGAAAAGAUAAGUAUAUGAUGCUUGCAUGAGAUAUGUGAAGGCCAAGAUAAACAAUACAGAAACAUUGAGUAGUAAAGCAUGCUCUGAUGGAAUUCUUAUCCAUUGUAUUCUUGUUUUGGAAUGCUUAUGUAAAUAUUUAAUUGAUGUCUAAAUGAUCUUUUGUUUAUAAUAUUUCAUAUCCAAAAUGCUAAUUGUUAAUGUAGAGACGGGAUGAGUGAAAGUAAAAAGUGGAAAUGGAUGUCAAUGAGGCGUUUGCAGCUUCUUA